AUGUAUAUAGUAUUUCGUGUUGAUAGUGUUGACGAAGUAGUAAUAUUACGUGUUGAAAAACGUGAUGCUAAUAUUAACGAUCGUGAUGCCGGUGUUGAAGAAGCAAUAUUUGAAGGUGUUGGUGUUGAAGAAGCAAUAUUUUGUGGUGUUGGUGUUGAUGAAGUGGCAAUAUUUGGAGGUGUUAGUGUUGAAGAAGCAAUAUUUGGAGGUGUUAGUGUUGACGAAGUGGCAAUAUUUUGUGAUGCUGAUGUUGACGAUUGUGAUGCUGGUGUUGAAGAAGCAAUAUUUGGAGGUGUUGGUGUUGACAAAGUAGCAAUAUUUUGUGAUGCUGAUGUUGAUGAUCGUGAUGCUGGUGUUGAAGAAGCAAUAUUUGGAGGUGUUGAUGUUGACGAAGUGGCAAUAUUUCGUGAUGCUGAUAUUGACGAUCGUGAUGCUGGUAUUGAAGAAGCAAUAUUUGAAGGUGUUAGUGUUGACGAAGUGGCAAUAUUUCGUGAUGCUGAUAUUGACGAUCGUGAUGCCGGUGUUAAAGAAGUAAUAUUUGGAGGUGUUGGUGUUGACGAAGUGGUAAUACUUGGAGGUGUUGGUGUUGAAGAAGCAAUAUUUUGUGGUGCUGGUGUUGACGACUCAGCAAUAUUUGGUGGAAAAGUAUUUGGUUUCGAUGGUUUCUUACGAGUCAUUAUUGGUUUUUUUUUUCAAAAAAAAAGAAAGAUAUUUUUUGUACGGACGAAGAAAUUGGUCCACCUUUUAUAUCUAUUUUUUACUAUCAAAUUAGACUUUUAA